AUGAUGCUCGAAAUAUGGUUGCCUUUCAAGUCAAACAAUGCCGACGGCAAACGAAUAAUUGCGCAUCAACUGCGCCUUGCACUGCCUCCUUCCGGACGAGGAUCAAUCAGGUACCCCCCGGAAGAGGCUGGUCAUCCAGAUCGCCGCACUGAGGCCCAAGUUGGCACACGAUCGCCUGUCAAUCCAAAGUCCCCCCGUCACGUUGUACUGCACGUCACCCCACGAGAUGUGUCGACGAUCUUCCGAGUGCGUGAGCACCCAGAUUGGUCGACACGUCUGGGAACGUGGUCGAUGGAUUCGUCUGGAUCCUGUGCCUAUGCGUCGUUCUAG